AUGGACCUAUUCGAGUUUGACUUCUUUCGGGACUGGGAGCUGGAGCAACAGUGUCAUUACGAGCAGGACCGCAGUGCACUCAAAAAAAAGGAAUGGGAGCGGCGGACACAGGAAGUGCAGCAGGAUGAAGAUUUGUUCUCAUCUGGCUUUAAUCUUUUUGGGGAGCCCUACAAGACCAACAAAGGUGAUGCUCUUGCCAACCGCGUCCAGAACACUCUUGGAAAUUACGACGAGAUGAAGGAGCUGCUAACUAGCCAUUCCAACCAGAGCCACCUGGUAGGCAUCCCUAAGAACUCAGUUCCCCAGACUCCAGUUGAAAAAACUGAGCAGACCACCUUCUUCUCUGAGGCUCAGAGGGGCCGUGCUGCUCCCUCCCAGUCUGCCUCGGGGCACCAUGCCACCUCUAUGCCCCCCCCACAGACUUCCUCCAUGUCUGGAUCUUCCCUCGGACAUGGGCACCAGAGCAACAAAAAGUCCCGCUCCUCAGACUGGUCCCGAGGAGGGCACGGUUCAGGCAGUGGCACCCAGACAGGGCAAGCCAACAGCCGGGGAAAGCACUCUAGUCAUGAACAGGCAAAUAGACAUGAGCAAGAAUUGUUUGUCAGCCAGUCAGAUUCACACAAGGGAGACUCAAGCCCCAGCGGGGCCACCACAUCAUCACACUCCAGUCGAAGGCACAACCAGAUCAGCAAGGGUGCUAUUGUAGCCGAGCUGGGCUAUAAGGACAGCGGGGCUGGCCAUACAAAGUCACCCAGUGAGCAGGAUACGGGCUCUCAUGGCUCUAACUCGCCUGUGGCAUCGACUUCACUGCUUCCCAGUGGACUCUCCACGCCGACUUUCCCCCAGGGCCUGCACUGUAAAACUAGCAGCGUGGUUCAACAGAAACCCACUGCGUAUGUGCGGCCCAUGGACGGCCAGGACCAGGUCCCCAACGACUCCCCAGAACUCAAACCCCCUCUGGAGAUUGGGGACGGCUAUACCAAUGCAUCUUUUGGAGGUUUGCUGGACAACAAAGGGGGCACGGCCGGGAACAAAGGCAAACUUCCAAAGCUGACUCUGCCAUCAUCUGGGGAGGUCAGCCUACCCAAUGACUCAAGCUGUGUGGAGGAAAUUCUCCGGGAGAUGACCCACUCGUGGCCUCCUCCCCUCACUGCCAUUCACACACCAGGAAAAGCAGAGCAGACCAAGUUCCCAAUCCCCUCCAAGGACUCACAGCAUGUAACCUCAGGAUACAAUGGACAAAAACGUUGCAAUGUUCCUGGUAACAAGCCUGCACCCAAGUCUGUGCCACAGAAGUCAAUGCUAGAGGAUGAUCUGAAAAUCAGCAGUGAUGAAGAAGACAGUGAGCAGGCUCCAGAGAAACCCAAGCCCAGGAGUACACCUCUUAAUCUCCCUGGGCCCACCUCUCGGACCAAUGAGUCGGGUCACUCCAGCGGCGCAUCUGGCAGCUCCAGCGAAUCAGAGAGCAGCUCUGAGUCAGACUCAGACAGUGAGAGCAGCUCCAGUGAUAGCGAGUGUAACGGAGCAUCCCGCACCGCCACCCCAGAGCCUGAACCCCCAUCAACCAACAAGUGGCAAUUGGACAAGUGGCUUAACAAAGUUAAUCCCCACAACAAAGCCCUCAUAAACACCCAGCCAGAGAAUCAUGGACUUAGCAGUUCCCAACCUGAUGAUAGCCAGACCUCUGAGACCCAGAACACAGGUAAGAGCAAGCCCAGUGCAGCGCUGGUACAAGCAGACCCCAAGGAACGAGCCUUGCUUAGUCCCAUCAGAGAGAAGGCCAAACCCAAGACAGUCCAGAAAGCGCCAGAGGGAAAGAGUGCAAAGGUGAAGUCCCCUGCUGCGGUUGAGCUGGCCCCACCAAGAAGAAGUACAGGUAAGAAGCAACCCAAGAAAGUGGAACGAUCCUCCAGUAUUGAGGAGCACAACUGGCCAAGGCCCAACAAUUCAAGUACUACUCCAAAAGAAAAAGAGCCACCACCUCUGGAGCAACCCAAGCCUAAAGGCAAAGGUCCUGGAGGUAAGACUGCCCCAAGGAAAGAGCCUCGGUCAACCGCAACCACUGCUCCGGUUCCAGACAAGAAGAAGCAUCGGGGGCCGAGCAAAAUUGUCCCCAAGUCAAAGGAAUUUAUUGAGACAGAGUCAUCCUCAUCUGAGUGCCAUUCUGAUCCAGAGGAGCUUGCAAAGAUACAGCCACCUUGCCCUGGGCCAAGCAACCUGAGCCUGAAAUCCAAGGAUUGCAACAGCAACAUCCUCAGUGUUAGUAGCCUUACUAGUACCAGUAGCACUUCCAUACCUGACCCAGGGGCUGGAGACUUGCUGGAAGAGCCUAUCUUCUCACCUAUUCCCAUGGUCCAGAAUGAACCAUUGUCACCACUGCGGGACAUUGAGGACAUCAAGUCCCUUUGGGUAAAGAUUGAACUCAGCCUCUUGUCACGGAUCCCAGGGCAGGACCCCCCUGAGCCACCCCCCACCAAAGCUGAGUGCCGAGAGUCCAAUGUCAAACACAGGCGACAACAAUCCCCUGCCUCUACCCCUGCUGAGAAGCCUUCCAGUAAAUCGAAGAGAAAACACAAGUCUGAACAUUCUGAUAUGAUGGUUGGGAGCAAGAAGUUAAGGCUGGAGAAAGAGGCUCUCUUACUCCCUCCCUGCAUCUCCCCCAUUCACAGCCACAAGGUCUCCAGCACUAAAGACUCAUCGAAGAAACAGCUUCGAAAGCGUGAAGAAAAGCUUCUGCCACCCCUACUCUCGCCCCUCUCAGAUGAGCCAGUGGUACGCCAACGCAGGAGCAGUGAGUGUAGCUCACUCAGCCAGGAGGGAGGUGCUAGUGCCCCCAACAGCAACUUACCCUCCAUGCGGUCUUUCCCUCCAUCUUCUUCCUCAUCCUCCUCUUCCUCCUCACACAAGCACCGCAAAGGGGAAAGCAAGUCCCUCUCACACUCCAAGACAAGCAGUGAGGAAGACAGCCAUGGCAAGGCUUCCAGUGGUUUCCAUGGCAAUCCUCAGUCAGACUCAGACCUGUGGUCAAACCCCUCAUCACUGUCUGUGGAACACACUGAGCCCCGGAGACCUAAGCUCAUGUUCAAUAACACUGUUCACAGUGCAGACUACUAUAUGCAGGAAGCCAAGAAACUAAAGCACAAAGCAGACGCACUGAUGGAUAAAUUUGGCAAAGCUGUCAAUUAUGCCGACGGUGCUCUGUCGUUCAUUGAGUGUGGCAAUGCCAUGGAGCGGGACCCGUUAGAGGCCAAAUCUCCGUACACCAUGUACUCCGAGACUGUGGAGCUCAUCAGGUAUGCACUGAGGUUAAAGAAUUUUGCAAGUCACUCUGCCACAGUAGCCGAGAAGAAAUUAGCUGUAUUGUGCAAUCGAUGUUUAUCACUCUUGUACUUGCGAAUGUUCAAACUGAAGAAAGACCAUGCUAUGAAAUAUUCCCGCUCACUAAUGGAGUAUUUCAAGAACUCUGCAAAAAGUUCCCAAGCACCUUCACCUUGGGGGGCCAAUGGAAAGAGCACAGGUACUCCAUCCCCCAUGUCUUUGAGCCCGUCCCCAGUCAGUUCAGUUAGUAGCAGCACUGGCGCUGUCAGUUCCUCAUCCAGCGGCAGCGUGGCCAUCCCCCAGCGCAUUCACCACAUGGCUGCCAGUCAUGUCAACAUCACCAACAACAUCCUACGCAGCUACGAGCACUGGGACACUGCUGACAAGCUGUCCCAGGAGAGUCAAGAGUUCUUUCAGGAGUUGGACUCUGUGAUGGAGCCUUUGACACAGCACAGCAGUAUGACAGAACUGGUGCGCUACGUUCGCCAAGGACUGCACUGGCUCCGGAUAGAGGCCCAUUUGUUAUAG